AUGGCGUCGAUUCUGGGUGAUUUGCCUUCCUUCGAUCCUCACAAUUUCAGUCAACAUCGUCCCUCCGAUCCUUCUAAUCCCUCUAGAAUGGUUCCAACUACCUAUCAUCCUACUCACAACCGUACACUUCCACCACCAGAUCAAGUGAUAACUACAGAAGUAAAAAACAUACUCAUACGCAGCUUCUAUCAACGAGCUGAAGAAAAGUUAAGACCAAAGAGACCGGCUUCAGAGCAUCUGACGUCCGAGCACGGGAACAAGCAUUUCCGUGCCGCGUCUUCUUCAUCAUCUACUCAAGGAUUAUAA